AUGGCCGUCUUUCAACCUACCGCUCUUCUUCUUCUACUUUUCCUAUCUCUUCCAUUCUCAGUUCACUCUCACCUUUCUCUCGAUUAUUACCACAAAACUUGCCCUGACUUCGCACAAAUCGUUCAAGACACUGUCUCUCGCAAGCACGCUACUAGCCCCGUCACCGCCGCUGCAUCUAUGCGCCUCUUCUUCAGCGAUUGUUUGGUUGGAGGCUGCGAUGCCUCUGUUCUUAUUUCAUCCAAUGUCUUCAACCACGCCGAGCGCGAUGCUGAAAUCAACCACGCUCUUCCUGGUGAUGCCUUCGACGUUGUCACUCGUGCUAAGAUAACCCUAGAGCUCUCUUGCCCUGGCAUCGUCUCUUGCUCUGAUGUGUUAGCGCAGGCGACUAGAGAUCUCAUCGCGGCCUCAGGUGGACCGUCGUAUAAAGUUGAAUUAGGGCGAAAAGAUAGCCUCGUCUCGAAGAUUUCAGAUGUGGAAGGUAACAUUCCGAAACCGAAUCAAUCAAUUGACGAAUUGAUUAAGCUAUUCGAAGCGAAAGGAUUCACGAUUCAAGAAAUGGUAGCGCUAUACGGCGGACGCACAAUCGGAUUCUCGAAUUGCAGGGAAUUCAGCGAUCGGCUCUUCAAUUUCAGCAAAAACACACUAACAGAUCCUGAGAUGAAUUCGAAAUACGCGGAGGCGUUGAAGAAGUCCUGUGCGGACUACGAGAAGAAUCCAGGAAGUUCGGCGUACAGCGACCCCGUAACGCCAGGGAAGUUCGACAACGUAUACUACCAGAAUCUGCUGAGAGGAAUGGGACUGUCGGCGGCGGAUCACGCGCUGGCGAAGGAUCCAAGGACGAGGAAAUUCGUGGAGAUGUACGCAGGGAACCAGGCAUUAUUCUUCAAGGAUUUUGGAGAGGCGAUGGAGAAGAUGAGCGUUCUCGAGGUGAAAACUGGCGAGAAAGGAGAUGUGAGGAGAAGGUGCGAUGCGUUCAAUACAAUCAACCAUUAG